AUGAACAUCGCACAUCGGGACCUUGGCUGGGGAGCUGGUCCAGCUAAUAAUCAAGAGCGUUUUAUGACCGCCGAAACAAUCAAAAACUUUGAUCCACAUGGUCUUCGGAUAGAAGUGACGAAUUUGCCCGCCCAUGCAUCUCAUCAUAUUGUCGAAUUAAUUAGGAGAGAUGAUUUCGUAGAGGGCAUUUGUAAGCACUACAGAAGUGGAAUAAUCGCCUCGGCCAGUUCCGAAGAAACAGCAAUAAGCAAUCAGAUUCUCGACAAAACUGAUAGAAUCGCUAGUUAUGUCGUGGGCCGCGCUCUGGGCGCUAGAAUGCAGAUGGCAGGCAUCACUAACGUUUCUUAUCCUUUCAUCCCUCACUCGCAGGAAGAGAGUAUAACUUUUGAAGAAGACGACUUCACCAUAGCGCUGGAAGAAAUGGGGAUCAUUUUCGAAGAACCAUUCGACGAAAACUCGCGAGAUCGUCAAGUUAAAUUUACAGAACGCGAAGAUGGAGAGCUACCCUCGUGGACGAGGGGUCAAACGCCCAAUUGGGUAUGCGAUAGAAUGAACAUCGAAAAUGUUAAAAAGGCAUUUCUCAUUCAACUCGAGCCCAACUGCUCCAACCAAGAUCGACUGGAAUCGUACAACCUCAUUCAAAAGUUCAAAUCCGACCAGAACGAGCGAUCCGAGCAGUUGAGAAUAAUCUUCCAGCUUUUGACCGACCCAAACGAUUUCAUCCGUAGCUCUUCCCUUGGCUUAUUUUACGAUGUCUUGCGCGUCGAGUGGAACAACUACUCGAGCAGGGAGAAGGAGGAAGUCAAGAGCUCCCUAAUGAAUUUACUUGCAUCGACGAAAAAUGUUCAACGGCAGAUGACGAGGAUCAUUGCCGAAGUGGCGAUCCGUGAGUGGCCUCAAGAAUGGCGCGCACUUUCGGAACUCAUUGAUACUGCAGAUGGACAGUACUACUUGACGAUUUUGAGGAUAACCGGCGAGAUUCAAUUCCACAUUAACCAUCAAACCAUCGACAACCAAACAAGACAUCGGGACCUGUCAACUGCGCUAGUCGAUCGACAUCAUCGACUAAUCGAAAUGGUACUCGACAUUUGCGGCAAUUCCAGCUACUCAAUUCAAGAAAAAGACGAAGUUCUCUCUAAUGCAGGUCUUCUUGUGGAAAGCUGUAAGCACGAUAUUCUCCUCGAGCUAAUUUCAGUCAAGCAGAUUUGGAACUUGCUCAGAGACUCGAUCGCACUCAUUGGCACUCCUGAAUCAAACAUAUGUUUGACCCUGUUUGAGAUCUUCAUUGUCUCGGUUUCUCGCCAAGUUAACAGUUCCUCCGAGCGAGUUUCGCUGUGGAAGAUCUUUUCUUCCGACGAUCACUUGCAGAUAAUCGAUCAAGUGCUCGACCAGGCGCUCAAAUUUUCAUCAGAAAAAGAGUUCCUUCUCGUCGGUCGUUUGGCGCAAUUCUCCGAUUCGAUGGGCAGCCUCAUCGCCCAAUGCUGGUACUCGCCGAAGAAUUGUGAACACGACGCUCUGAAGAGCCUCUUCCAGUGCAGCGAUGCAAUCAAGUUUCUAAUCAAAGUCGUUUCGCUGAAAAGUCCGUUCCUUGUAGAGUCUGGAAUUCACGCUUUUCAAUCAAUAGUAAAAGCCGUGAGUGCGUUUAUGGAAUCAGAAGCCGCCGCAAGAAGGCCGAAAGGAAUCGAAGAUGAAAUGAGCUCAUUUGUUAACAUGCUAAUGCCGAAACUGCUGGAUAGCCUCACCUAUUUCGCCUCCGAACAAUUUGCCAAGAAGGACUACGUCAAAUCUCUUCAGGGCUUCGAGUCUGACGGCCAUCAAAGAUCCUUUGUCACGAAAUUGAUCAAUGUUUCAUGUUCACUUUUGAAAGCUUUGGCAAGAAUAGUUCCACAAGAUGUUGGAUGCAUUAUGUCACAAAUGGUCAGACGAGCAAUUUACGAACCUGAUAGUGGAACGAGGAGAGUCUCCUCCAGCCUCAUUACUGGCUCGAUACCAGUUAUUUCUGCCGCCCUCAAGGCAAAAGAAAUGGACGUCCUUGCAGAGAUACUCAAGUUCCAACCGAAAUCGAAUGAUGAUCUCAAGUUCAAAAUCGAGCUUCUCCGCGGAUUCAUGGAACUGCUCUAUCUUCUUGAAGGAAGCGUGACUGUAGCAUGCGUGGAAACACUUCUUUCAACUUGCGAAAGCAUCAGUGGCGAGGAUAACUUGUCUGCGAAGUUGCGCAGGCAAUCUGCUUCUGCCCUUGUUCAUCUGACAAGCAGCAACGCGGAUAUUAUGGAGCCACUCUUCGAAAUGAUCCACAACACAGCCGCCAAGUGGCAAGCAUCAAAGCUUCACGUAGGUCCGCGCGUGCUGCUCUUUGAAGUUCUUGUCAUCCUCUGCUGGCUGCCAAAGCGCCAGCAUUUAUUACCGAUGCUUCUUACCGAGCUUCUCUCUGCAGUUUCCUCAAUGUUCGACCAAUGCACUCCGAAAAUAGAAGAAAUAACAAGCUCAAAACAAUUCGCUGAAUCGAUGGGACUACAUCUCAAAACUCCAGAGGAAAUCUUAAGUGACGAUCACGUCUUCACUUCAAAUAGAGCUUCGAUCACAUCUGCAGUCGCCUUAUUGCUCGUUGUGUUACGGAGGUGCAAAGCCGGAUCCGGCAAUUCAGGAAACGAAGCUGUCCGCCAAGCACUCUCCGUCGGCGCUCCAUGUCUAAUAAAAGUUCUCUCUGUCUACCACUACUUUCAAUCUCUCUACUCUGAACCUUCGAUUUCGGCUGCUGCGAAGGAAGCAUUGGAUACUGAAGCAAUUGACUGGGCUCAAGUUAACCAAAUAGAUUCCGACAUGCCCGAAGCAGACAAAAAAGAUCCCAACACUCGGUUAAGAAGCGUGCUCGAAAAUGCACAGCAGCAAAUCCAAUUAGUAAUCGCCAAUGGAGCCAAAAUCUGGCCCGACCUCUACCACAUGCCUCAGCUCUAUGAGCGCCUUAGCGUAAAUAAUCUAUCUCAACUGCCGUGUACCAGGCAACGUCUUGUUAUCCGCCAGCUUCUUGUCCCGUUUGUCCAGCACUGCCCCCUAUCGAACAUUGACCUUGGCGUUCAAACCAUUUCCGACGUUAUGAGCUGUUGUGUGACCCAGUUAAUUAAGAACUGGCAGAAGAUAGAAGAAGCUGAUUUCGACAAUGAAAAAGAAGAAAUGCUGCACUACUUUCGAACGCAAACGCUGACCAAGGAUUACAGCGAAUUCCUAGUCGCCGUUUUACGAAGCCAACAGAGUGACCACAAGCCAACCACCGUCGCCGAGCAAAUGAUCAAAACCAAUCUCAAAGUAUUACUAGAAGGUGUCUGUACUCCGCUAGGUUGGCUUUGUGCUAAAACUAUGCAAAAGAGCUGUUCCGUUUUGCAGAGUCUGAUGCCUUCGCUAGAGCGUGAGCAAAACUUCUCUACCGAGCUGCGCGCAGAGUGCCUCAUCACAAUCCUGCGGGCGUUUUCAAUCCAUGGCGAACAUUCCGAAUGCAUUUCACCCCUCACCCGCAUUGGCUUCACUAUUUUCAAAACGCAGAAAGACAUCUUUAUCAAAAUUCUUCACCAGAUCCCACGCGUCGACAAGGAAAGCAUAAACCUUAUGUUGCGGAGCAUGGAGGAUGGAAGUAAAGAAGCCAAGCAGCGAAGCAAGUUCACCCAAGUCUGCCAGCCACUCUUCAAAAGCCCGUCUCGGAAGAGGGAAAGCUUCAGCUUACAAUAUCGUCCCUGCCUCCCCUCUUCAACCGACGCUCUCGCAAAUGGAACCGGUUUUCCGAAGAAAGUUCCGUAG